AUGAUUAUUUGUUCAACAAUUCAAAAAGAGGUUGUGGAUGCUUGUACUAAAGAAACAAUUAAAGCUAUCAUCAAAGACUUGGAUGGUGAUUAUUUUGGAAUACUAGUUGAUGAAUCAAAUGACAUUUCACAUAAAGAGCAAAUGGCACUAGUUUUACGAUAUGUUAACAAAAAUGGAGAGUUGAUAGAAAGCCUUUUGGGUAUUGUUCAUGUGGGUGAUACAUCUGCAAGAUCAUUGCAAAAAGUAAUUUUCUCGUUAGUUUUGGAUCACUCGUUAUGCCUAUCAAGACUCCGUGGACAAGGUUAUGAUGGAGCUAGUAAUAUGCAAGGAGAUAAAAAUGGCCUUAAGUCUUUGAUUUUGCAAGAUGCUUCGUCCGCAUAUUAUAUUCAUUGUUUUGCUCACCAAUUGCAAUUAACACUUGUGGCUCUUUCUAAAAAACAUCUGGAUGUGAAAAUUUUCUUUUAUGAUGUCAUUAAUGUUUUGAAUACUAUUGGGACAUCUUUUAAAUGUAGGGACUUACUUCGACAACACCAAGUUGAGAAGUUGGAAGAAUUACUUAAAUCUGGAGAAAUUCUUACCGGACAAGGAUUAAAUCAAGAACGUGGCCUCAAACGACCGGGUGAUACUCGUUGGGGAUCCCAUUUCAAGACCUUGGAGAAUUUCAUGAUUAUAUUUUCUUCAAUUGCUAAUGUGCUUAAAGAUAUGAAAGAAGAUUCUCCACAUGAUCUUGAUAAACAUGCGGCAUAUAACCUUUUAGAUAAAAUUCAAGAAUUUGAAUUUAUCUUUGUGUUGCAUUUGAUGUUCAAGAUGUUGCUUCUUACAAAUGAAUUGAACAAAGCUUUACAAAAGAAAGAUCAAGAUAUUGUCAAUGCUAUGGGAUUGCUUAAUAUUUCAAAGAGAAGAUUACAAUCAAUGAGAGAGUGGUUUGGAGUCUUUGAUGGAUGA